ACCUCCCAUCACCCUUCCCUUCCAAAAAGAACCAAAUAAUAAUCUUUCUUAAUUAUAUAUAUUUAAUCAAUAAAGAAAAACUACUUUAUUUUCUUGUAGUUCAAAAAAAGUUUGUAGCUUUGAAGGUUAAGAGAGAUCAAGCGAGUGAGAGAGAGUGGUGUGGAAGCAAAACCACGAUCUGCGUCUUUUCAGAUUUUCCGACAACACUCUCCUUCGAUCAGAGCUUUCAACAUUCCGACAAAAGCAGAAAAGAUCUUUCUUUCGUGUCUGUGUGGGAUUUGUCUCUCUCUCACUCACAACAGAGUUUUUAAAUGGAUCGGUACGAUCGCGCCGGUGAAGAAAGGUCGCGAUCGGAUCCAUCUCUUGAAUGGACCUCUCAUGGAGGUGAAACCAGAGUCGAAGCUUCGAUGUGGCGGUUAGGGUUAAGUGGCGGCGGAGCUGGAGGUGGGGGAGGAGGAGAAGCGUAUCCUGAGCGAUCCAAUGAGCCUGAUUGUAUUUAUUACUUGCGUACCGGCGUUUGCGGGUACGGGUCAAGAUGUCGGUUUAAUCACCCACAAGAUCGUGGAGCAGCGGUUAUUGGAGGUGUUAGAGGAGGAGGAGGAGGAGAUGGAGCUUUACCGGAGAGGAUGGGACAACCGGUUUGUCAGCAUUUUAUGCGAACGGGAACGUGUAAGUACGGUGCGUCUUGCAAGUAUCAUCAUCCUAGACAAGGAGGUGGUUCUGUUCCCCCUGUCUCUCUAAGUUACUUGGGAUAUCCAUUACGUCCGGGAGAGAAAGAGUGUUCUUACUACAUGAGAACCGGACAGUGUAAAUUUGGUUUAACCUGUAAAUUCAACCAUCCUUUACCUCAGCAACAUCCCUCACAGACUAUUUAUCCAACACUUCAAUCUCAACCAAUGCCUUCUUCUCAGCAAUAUGGUUUAGUUUUGACAAGGCCUUCUCUAUUACCUGGCUCAUAUAUUCCAAGCCCUUACGGUCCACCAAUGGUUCUGCCUCAAGGAAUGGUUACAUAUCCUAAUUGGAAUCCUUACCCGGCCUCGUUGACUGCAAUGCCUUCUCAACAACCGUCUAUUGGAUCAAGCUCUGUUUAUGGAGUUGCGCCGUUAUCUCCUUCAGGGACUACUGCUUAUACAGGAACCUACCAAUCUGGUAGGCCUUCCCUGACUACUUCCAAAGAAGAAUCUUUUCCUCAGCGACCUGAUCAGCCAGAGUGCCAAUACUUCAUGAGAACCGGGGAUUGUAAAUUUGGAGCUUCAUGUAGAUACCAUCAUCCUCUAGAUCAUGCAGUUCAACCUAACACUGGUGUUCUCCUCAGCUCCAUUGGCCUUCCACUUCGUCCUGGUGUAGCGCAAUGCACUCACUUUGCGCAACAUGGAAUCUGCAAGUUUGGACCAGCGUGUAAGUUUGAUCACUCGAUGAGUUCUUCACUUAGCUACAGCCCUUCUGCUUCUUCGUUAACGGAUAUGCCUGUGGCUCCUUACCCAAUUGGUUCAUCAACACUCAGUGGCGCAUCAGCUCCGGUAAGCUCAAGCAAUGAACCCACCACAGAGACUGUGACUACUGCUGCUGCUACAGUUUCUUCUCCUAUGGUGAGUGGAUUAAGCAGUCAAGAGCCAGCUGAGAUGGGUGGUGGUGACUCAGCUAGUGUCAGUGGCAGCAUAGAAGCGAAGACUUCUUCAAGUUAAAGAAAAAAAAGAGAGGAAAAUAUACUCAAAUUCUUGAUGAAGUAAACAACAUUAAGAAAAAGAGAAAAGAAGAUUAUUAAUGGGGUCUGAAGAUUUGAUGGAAGCAGCCAAAGCUUGUGUCAUUCACCAUUUGUCCAUACAUAAAUAUAAUCUCUCAUACGGCCAUAUCUUUGUUUUUUUUUUUUUGCUUUCUUGAACAAGGUUUACUAGACUAAUAAAUGGCCUUAUUCAUACUACAUUACAUCCCAUGUAAAUACUGUAUCGAUGGGCCCCAUUUAGGCUUCAACGUACGUGUCGUGUGGCAUAACUGUAGUUUUCUUUAAAAAAAAUUGCUUACACUAUGGACAAGAUGAGAAAACUUACACUCUCUAUGGACCUUACCUAAGAAUUCAAUUGGUGAGAAAGCAACUGUAGGAUGUGCAUCUGUUGAUCGUCUUGCAGAAACUAGUGAUAAUUAUGAACCUGCUUCAGCGACUAUUACUCCAUUUGACCAUUUGAGCAGCACUAUUAGCUGGAGCAUGGGCUGAUAGCAAGA